CCGACCCACGGUUGCCAUGGGAAAGGGAGGGGUGGCGGUUGCCGCCCAGAAGAAACGCGAUGAGUCGUACACAGUGGCGGAAGAGGCGCCAAGCGGUUCGCUGAAGCGGCCCAAGUUCCGUCCUCAGCCUCCUCCAGAGGCAGAGUACGGAAAUUAUCCCGCGAAUAUCAUGUACGACAGGCGCGUGAUCCGCGGAAGCACGUACGCGGCGCAGUCUCUGCACUCGACAGGCCCAGAGUUGAAGCCCACGAAAAGGACGCGUUCAAAGCCGCCGCAGACACCCGAGCCCGUCGAAGGCCGACGGCACAUGGACAUACAGACGGAACAGUACCUCGAGGAACUGGUGGACACGGUCCCCGAGUCUGAUGUGACGACGCAGACGGAUGCGUUCAUGGAUAGACCGCCGACGCCUCUCUUCGUCCCGAUGAAGAUUGGCAUCGACGUCCAGACACAGAUUGAGGACGGUGACCUCUUCGACUUUGACUUUGAGGUGGAGCCCAUCCUUGAGGUCCUUGUCGGCAAGACUCUGGAGCAAGGUCUGAUGGAGGUCAUGGAGGAGGAGGAACUCGCGGCUAUGCGCGCUCACCAGGAGUACUUUGAGCAGCUUCGCAACGCAGAGCUCGUGGCACUGCAGCGCAUGGAGGCUGCAGAGAUCCGCAAGAUGGAGGAAAAGAUGCGGCGCAUCGCACAGGAGAAAGAACGUGUGGAAAGGGAGAAAGCGAUGAGGGAGAAGGUGGCUGCGCAGACGUUCGCACGGGGUUAUCUCAAUGGCCUCAUGGGCAACGUCUUCGACAGGCUCUACGACUCGGGUUUCUUCUACGAUCCCGUGCAGAGGGAAGUGGAGCAGGAGUUUAUGCCGUGGUUCACCGACGCAGUUGUGGACGAUUGCUCCAACGCCGCCGUGACCAGGAGAUGCGUGAACGACAUCAUCGCAAAGGCCUUGAAGGAUAUGUUGACGGCAAAGGCAGAGGCAAACGAAAACGCCAAGCGCGAGGUUGACGCGGUGGCCAACGCCAAGGCUGCAAGGAAGGCGGCCGAGGAGGAGGAAGAAAAGCAGGCGGAGGCUGAAAGGAACGCACUCGCCCUCAGGAUACUCACCGAGAUCGACCCGCCUCUCGUUACCGAGGAGCAAAUCGCAGAGGCAAAGACAGCCUUGACACCGGCACCACCUGAACCGGAAGCUGCUAAUGAGGAAGCAGCGGCAGGGGACGAAGCAGCGGCAGGGGACGAAGCACCGGCUGUUGAGGAUGCUGCCGGCCAAGAAGAGCCCGCUCCGGUGCCCGAACCGACAUCCGAGGAGAUCCUCAAGCAUUUCCUCGAGAACGGAGUAGUGAAAGAGGAAGAUGUUGCCAAGGCUCUGGCUGACUACGCCCCGCCUUCGGAGGAAGCUGCGGAGGAGAAGUCUGAGGAACCCGCGGCUUAGACAUCCAUUUCAUUAUAUCUGAUAGACUAGGUUCCGCCUUAAUCGCUCGCGUGCUGACUA